AUGCCCUUGAUACGCCUUCGAGAUUCCGACUCUGAUGCGGAGGCGGCUCGGCCUUCUUCAAUAUCCUCGUACUUCUUUCCCCUACUCCUUAUAAUCCUCGCAUGUGCAGGCUACAUGUACUGGAGACGGUCUACACGGCCUUCAGCCCCGGGAAUACCUUUGAAUAUAUCCGGCGAGCGUCCUGGUAUCAGAUUGUCGGAAGACGGCCCCCCAACUCACACAUUCAUCACCAACAAUCUCUCUUCCGAUUCUCUUCCCUCGCACGCUCUCUCUGAUCUUCCCGAGCUCCCCGAAUCCAGAGACCAGUAUCGAGAUCAGCCCCAGCAGCUACAUUCCUCCGAAUCAUCCUCUGCCUCCGGUAGUGCUUAUGUCGACCAUCCUCUGGAAUCAGCUGCUCCUGGCAUGCCCAUGACCAGAUUCUCAGCCCCCAAGCCAGGUUCUGGAGCGCCUAAUCCGUUGAUCACUGGUGCAUCUACCAGGAAGCCAAAGUCUGGCGGUGUAAAGGGCAUGCGACGGUCUCAGCGAGGACGAGCGCAGGGCGUCGCUGUUGAAGCCAGUGAUGACGAUGAGAGUGGGAGUGAUUCGGGUGCCGAGAUGAGCUCGAGCGGUCGUGCUAUCUUUGACAUUGGAGACGACGACGAUGGGCCGUUGGGAAGAUAG